GGAGCGAAAAAAAGCAGAGUCACACCACUAUUUAACCACUCAUUGGCUCCAGUUCCCUGUCCGACAUUAUUGUAGAACUGAUGAUAAUGAAGAGUAUGGAAGUUGACAAGCUUGGUUUUGGUAAAAGAUCGUACAUGUAUAAUCAUCUUCUUUAGGGAGACUACUCAGCUCUUUCUGUCUGUACAUUCGUUUCAAGUAGUACUCGACGGUGGCAGAAUUGUUAGCAGCGACAACCUCUGUUUAGCUUAGUUUGAAGCUGCUGGUGUGGAGAUUAGUACUAGUCACUAGUUGGAAUUUGUCAGUAUGGUCAGGACAAAAACUGUUCAGGUGUUUGGGUUCCCUCAUCUUGUAACUGCAAGUGAUGCUAAGAGAUGCUUUGAAAGGUAUACUGGUGUAAGUUCUGUGUAUGCCAUAGAGGUAAAGAUGGCUAAAAAUGGUGGAAGAGCAUAUGCUAAGGUCCAAUUUGAUAAAACCACCAGUGCAGAACUAAUUAUAGCUCUAGCCAGUCAAAAGAGAUUGUACUAUGGCUCAUCUUACUUGAAAGCUUGGGAACUAGAUGCCUAUAUUGUGCAACCUAAAUCAUACAUCCAUAACAUGAAAAACACAACUCUAUGCUUUGGGUGCCAAAUAUCAGAUGAAUGGUUUUACAGGUUAUGUAGAUUGGAAGAUGUUUCAAUAGAAUUUGGAUAUGGGUUGAAGAAGAUACGCUUCUUUCUAUCAUAUCGCUCUGUCCAAUACAAGCUUCAACUUUUUUAUGAACACAUUUGGCAGAUCAUGCUGUAUAGAUCCCUGGCCCAAAACGUUAAAUAUCUUGUCAUACAGUUAUUUGCCGCUCCACGGAUCUACAAGAAAACAGAAGAAGACUCCAUCUAUAGCUACUUCCAGGAAACUCCAGAUGAUCAGUGGGUGAGGACUACAGAUUUCACCCAAAAUUUGAUUGGGCAAUCUUCUAGCUUGUGUUUGGAGCUUCCUAAAGGUGUCAUAUUACCAGAUUUUCAUAAUAAUUUUGUCUUCUAUCGUGAAACUGAAAGUCAAUUUGUUAUAGAGCCCGGUUUACGGUUUUCUAGCAAUAUGGAUCUAGUUCCAAUCAUCCAUCCUCCACAAGGAGAUGCAUUGCCAUUCAAGUUGGUGUUUAAGAUUUGCAGUUUGGUGCAACAUGGAUGCCUUCCGGGUCCCGCGCUGAAUGCCAGAUUUUUCCGCUUGGUUGAUCCAAGGUAUGUAAACAUUGAUCACAUUGAAAAUGCCUUGGAGAAAUUGUACUAUAUGAGGGACUGCUGUUAUGAUCCAGUGAUGUGGCUGACUGAGGCAUACCGUAAUUUCAAGCAUCCUCCAAAAUCCGCUUCUAUAAAUCUAGAUGAUGGAUUGGUUUAUGUAAGGAGGGUCCUAGUGACUCCAACAAGGGUUUAUUUUUGUGGUCCCGAGGUAAAUCAAUCCAAUCGUGUGCUGCGCCAUUACAUUAAGGACAUAGAUAAUUUCCUCCGUGUAUCUUUUGUUGACGAGGAGUGGGAUAAAAUCCAAUCCAUAGAUCUAUCUCAACGUGCAACGGGCAAGACAGACAUUUAUGACAGGAUACUUUUGACACUAAAAAAUGGUAUUGUUAUUGGUGAUAAAAGGUUUGAAUUUCUUGCAUUCUCAUCAAGCCAGUUAAGAGAGAGUUCCGUUUGGAUGUUUGCAUCAAGAUUUGGACUUACAGCUACUGACAUAAGAGAAUGGAUGGGCAACUUCAAAAAGAUAAAAAAUGUUGCGAAGUAUGCUGCAAGACUUGGUCAAUCCUUUGGUUCAUCCAGAGAAUCUGUUAGUGUUCACAAGAGUGAAUUUGAAAUUGUUCCCGACAUAACGAUUCUAGGGCAAGGGGCAGAAUAUAACUUCUCCGAUGGGAUUGGAAAAAUAUCUGCAGACUUUGCUGAAAAAGUCGCCAAAAAAUGUGGCCUGGAAAGGUUUGCCCCAUCUGCUUUUCAAAUCCGCUAUGGUGGAUUUAAGGGAGUCGUUGCUGUCGAUCCUUCUUCGUCAAAGAAAUUGUCAUUAAGAAAAAGCAUGUUGAAAUACGAAUCAGACAAUGUAACACUUGAUGUUUUGGCAUGGAGCAAAUAUCAACCUUGUUAUCUAAACCGCCAAUUGGUAUCACUCUUGUCAACUCUUGGUAUCAGAGAUGAGGUCUUUAAGAGGAAGCAAAGAGAAGCCGUUGCUCAAUUGAACGAAAUCCUCACUAGUCCUGCAAAGGCAGCUGAGGCUCUUGAGUUAAUGGCUCCCGGAGAAAAUACUAACAUCAUUAAAGAGAUGCUCAUGUGUGGCUACAAGCCUGAUGCUGAACCAUUCCUUUCGAUGACUUUACAAACAUUCAGGGCAUUUAAGUUGCAAGAUAUAAGGACCAAGGCACGGAUAUUCGUACCCAGUGCCAGAUCUAUGAUGGGUUGUCUAGAUGAGACCAGAACAUUGGAAUAUGGUGAAGUAUUCGUUCAGUAUUCAGGUGCUGGGAGGAGACAGUCUCUUGUUGGUGCUCCCCAUUCCAAUGAAACCAAAGAUUGUAAUUACAUCGUCACAGGAAAGGUUGUCGUUGCAAAGAACCCAUGCUUACAUCCUGGUGAUGUUCGUGUUUUGAGAGCUAUUGAUGUGCCCUCGUUGCACCAUAUGGUGGACUGUGUCGUUUUCCCCCAAAAAGGGAAGAGACCCCAUCCAAAUGAAUGUUCUGGAAGCGAUUUAGAUGGAGAUAUUUACUUUGUGUGUUGGGACCAAGAUCUCAUUCCGAAGGAAAUGAAACCAGCGAUGGAUUAUACCCCUGCUCCAAGCAUGGAAUUGGACCAUGAUGUAACAAUUGAGGAACUUCACAAGUAUUUUGCAGACU